UGAUUUCAACUGCACACUUAAACUCAAGCAAAGCUGUUAAAGAGCGACAAAGUGAAACUGAAUGUCUAAAGCUUUUUAAAUACUCACCUAUCGCGAGCAAAAAGCAUAAAAGUAAAACAGGGGUCUUCAUUUUGGUGUGUUUGGGGUUGAGGCAGAUGAAAUCGAGUCGUUGUUGGUGAUGGAGGGCGAUUCUGUCUCCCUACCGACUGGUGUGACUAAAAUACAAGAGGACGAUCUGAUCAUGUGGACAUGCGGAGACUAUUGCAUCGCUAAACUCAACGUUUCAUCAGAAGUCAUUGCUGAGACUCAUGACAGAUUCCGAGACAGACUGAAGCUGGAUCAUCAGACUGGAUCUCUGAUCAUCACAAACAUCAGAACCACAGACUCUGGACUUUAUAAAGCACAGAUGAUUGGACAACAAGUGUCAAGGAAAACUUUCAAUGUUUCUGUCAUCGCUCGUCUUCCCGUUCCUGUCAUCACCAGUUACUGUCCUCAAAAUCCUCCAUCAGGAUCAUCAGCGUCCAGAUGUGUGCUGCUGUGUUCAGUGGUGAAUGUGAGUCAUGUGACUCUCUCCUGGUACAAAGGAAACAGUUUAUUGUCCAGCAUCAGUGUGUCUGAUCUCAGCAUCAGUCUCUCUCUACCUCUGGAGGUGGAAUAUCAGGAUAAAAACAGCUACAGCUGUGUGCUCAACAAUCCCAUCAGCAACCAGACUCAACAUCUGGACAUCACUCAGCUCUGUCACACAUGUUCAGAAUGUGUCUGCUGUUGUAAUUCAACUGAAGCUGUGAUCCAAUUGGUCGUCUCUGCUCUGGUGGGCGUGGCUAUUGUUGUCGUUCUGGUUUAUGACAUCAGAUCCAGAAGAGCUGAACAGAAAAGAAGAGCUCGGAAAUCAUCAUCAGAUCAUAACUGACUUAAUAUAACAAGAAUAUCAAAAAUGGGAGCUGGGUAGUAACUUUCAUCUUUAAAUAUACCCUUUUUAAAAAGCC